GGACAGAGAAGGUCCGUCUCGGUGCCCUGGAUCGAUUGCACUCGGUGGCGCAUUCUUUGUGUCUCCGCUCGAGAGAGAGAGAGAGAGAGAGCGUGUGCAUACGCCUCUCUUUGCUUCCUUAUUUAUUAGUUGUGGCCAGUUUUCCUUCUUAUGCGUAGGCAUUUCGCGUACUUCAUAGUAGCUUGUUUAAAACUUUUUUCCUUGGUACUGGAAUAGCGUGUGUGAGGUCAACAUACGAGUAUACGUACACUUAUUUGAAAACCAUAUCUAUUGUUCUCCUAAAAGUUCAUAUUAACUAUUUUACCCGAUAUUUCUGUGUGGUUACAUAAAUGAAGAGAACACAAACUAUUGUUCAAAAGUUUUCCUGCGUAGUGAAAUUUCUCAAAACUUUUGCUGCUUACUUUAUUUAGAAAUUUCCUCUUUGAAAUUGCGACAAAAAAUAUUGUGCAGGGGCAGUUUAUGAAAGGUGUUUCCGUGAAAGCGGAUGAAAAUUUUUCACACAAAAAGAAAAUAAAUACAUAGAAUAAACUAACAAAAGAAAGACUUGCAGUUCAACUCAUCCGGCAAAGGAAAGUUGACGAGCUAGUGUUCAGAGAGGAUUCGACUCAUCCAAGGACAAAUUGUUGCUCGUGUAGAGGAACACGGAAGGGAGGGAUUGAUUCCGUCGCAGCAGCAUAAAUUAUUCGCGUGCUUUGUGGGGUCGGUUCGUGCCUGCCCCUCAACACUACUCCACUGGCGCUCAUGCAAACCCCUGCCUUCCGUUUUUCUUAAGAUAUUUCCUACCACAAGCACAUCGUGUACUGGCUACUUCGACUUCAGCAAGUUCAGCCACCCCGUUCCGCAUCACAGCUACCCUGACGCCCCAUCCGUCCUCGCCACGCUGGUCAAGCAUUUUCUUUAUUUCCUGUAAGAAGGAAAGAUUUGUUCACUCCUCGAGAACGGAAUCCAUUACGUAGGUGCUGUGCUUUAUUAAAGAAAAAAAAAACUAAUAUCUUACCAUCUUUUCUUUAUCAUCCCUUCCUUGUUGUCAGCUCUGAGUAUUUUGGGGUUCAAUUUGUGCUCCAAUUUCCUUUUCCUGCGACUUAAGUGUGCAAGACGAGUGAGAUAUAGAGUGAACAGCUCCUGGCGGACUGACGUGAUGGCGGCGUGAGGGGCUGCAGGUGUCACUGGUAUUGGCACAGCUGCCGUCACGGCAUCCGAGAAGCCUUGGACAUCUCAAGGUUGGGCGGCCGUGUAGCGGAGACUGCGUGCCGCUGUUGAUUUGUCUUGCGCGCCAUGUCCCGCCUCAUAAAGGAAUGCCGGGACACGGCACACUCUCGCUCCAUCGGGGAGGGAGCCACGGCGUUGCCCUCCGCAGUGCCAACCACAUCCUCUAGCGGCGGCAACUCGCCUAUGUCUGGCAACAAAAUCGUCAAGACGUGGCGCGUGAUGGGAGACCGCACUCGUUCCAAAACCAAGGACAUCCUCAAGAGGUGGCAGACGAUGAAUAACGGCCAGACGUCUGAGGACUCUCUGGGAGGCAUGGACGACUUCAGUGACAUCAGCGGUAGCACUGAAAGCGAGCGUGCGGGUCACCGUUCAAAGAAAGGGACCUGGAGUGUGCACGUAUGGACGACGUGGGUGAGGCGGCCCUUCGAAGAUGACGACGACCUGCAGCCUCCAGAGGGCAAAAUUUAUCUCUCAGACUUCCAGGUGGAGAAAUUCACGUAUUACUUCACCGACGUGUUUGACCACAACAAAGACCGCGUCAUCACAAUCGAGGACAUACACGCCCUAAACGAGAGGAUGAGGCACUACGCGGGCUGGUCGGAGGAUAAUGAGUACUACUUGACCAUGAAGGAGAUUCACGCCGACUUUUUCGAGUGUCUCCUGGAACACGUGGGCAAGAUUGAACCAGAGUACGGCUUUGAGUUCGACGUGGACCGCAUCCCAGACAGAGUGCAGAUGUACCAGUGGCUCAACAUGUGGGGCAAUCUCGUGCAUGGGGCGCGGGCCAUGGUCGACUUCCCUAUUUGGCUCCAAAUCCUGCCUAAAAUACUCUUCAAGGUCAUCAACAGGAGAGAUGACGGUAUUGUGUCCUACGAGGAACUGAGGAGCUUCUACGCAAUGUUCAUCAAGCUUCCUGAGGACCAGGUGGAGAAUAUCACGAAGGAGGCGUACAGGGCUCUCACCUCGAGCGGAGACUUUCUGACGGAGCGCGUUUACCUCAUGGCCUUCGCGAACUUCUUGCUGGGGAAGACUCCACACGGCCCUGGCAAAUACAUCUUCGGCGGGUUCAAGGACAGCGAGGUGGGGCAGUUCCAGAUCGACUACUCCUGCCUUCUGGACCCCAAGGAAGAUUAAAAGCACGCCACACUUCUACUGGAAACUUCUCUAAACGUCCUUCACUCUAGUCUCCGGUCCCCACCCUCCUCGCACCUACAGCAAUCUCUCUCCAUGUUUUCUUUAACGUGGGAGGGACUUGUGUGUCGCCCUCCUUUUGAAUGGAAGAAAAAAGGAGCGAGGGUGAGAUUAUCGUUAGUGAGAGUUCGGUGUCCUUCAGGAUGGCAUGUGAUUUUUCUUCUUUUUUCAUAUAUAUCUCCUCUACCGGUGAUGGAGUGAUUAUGUGUCACCAUUCGCUCGCUCUGUCGUGGGAGUGAAUCUGUGUCACCAUUCGCUCACUCUGUCGUGUCAUUUUUUUUUUCUCUCGUCUUUUUGGCAGAAGCAUAAUCAUGUUGUCAUUUCAUCACCAUUGUAAAGUGGUAUGAGUAGUUUCUUUUCUAUUUAUUUCUCUCCCUCCCUUCUUCACCCAUCAAGCUGUCUAUUUUUAUUAUUAUUGGUAUUAUUUGCUGUGUACUCCUUUAUCGAAUUAGAGACCAUGUGAGGUGGUUUGGUCACGUGAUGCAGUAUUCAUGUGCAGCAAAAUGUGUUAGAAAAAUAAUAGAGUGGUUGUAAAAAGAUAAAGUAGAAUAAAUAAGGGGCCAAAAACACACACACACACACACACACACACACACACACACACACACACA